CGCAAUGUUGGCGAGCCUGGGCGGCGUGCCCGUGCCCGGGGCCGACUGCCGACUCGCGGCUAAGUUCGCGCCAUGCGCAGCCGAGCGUGCCUGUCGCCUGUCGCACCGCACUCCGCCAGCGGUCAGCGCUUCCGCAGAACGAAGUGCCGCACCGUUGUACGUCGCAACGAGACGUGCCGUGCGGUAGCGAGACUGAAAGAAGGAACAAAGGAGAAAGAGAGAGAGAGAGAGGGAAGAGACGCGAGGGUGGUGCGGCCACUAGCGCAUCCGCCGUCGAUGGAUAUACAUCCACGAGGAAGGUGUGAUGCGGCUCACACGAUGGUGGACAACGAGUUCCCAGCCGCCGAGAAAAUCCUUCGUGACAUUGAGAAUACGAUUAGGAGGAACCCCGCUAUAAAAAGCUUCGUGAUCCUGCCGAUGGAGGACAACGAGAAUCGGUCACCGGUGUUUCACCAGGAGGAUAGUCUGGGUUUGGCGUCGUGGUGCGUUCAGCCGCUCUACGUAUACGUUUAUCGGCGCCUGUUGGAGUACCGGCGUACACGUCAUCAACGGCGCGAGGAACCCAGCACGGUGGCGAGAUGGUUGCUGGGUGCCUUGCUGCUAAAUCCGAACGUGACCACGUUCUGGAAUAUGCGGCGGGAGUUGAUGCGCGCCGGCAGAUUGGACGCGCGCGACGAACUGUUGAUCACACGACCGGUGCUCUAUCACACGCCGAAGAACUUCGAGGCCUUCGCGUAUCGGAGCUGGCUGAUGUCGCACGCUCUGGAUGCCGAGCGGAACCACGUCGCCGAACCCGGGAUCUCGCCCCUCGCGAGCGCAGAGGUCGAGCUUGCGGAGACCUGCGCCGAUCGUUACGCGAACAACUACCACGCGUGGAGCUAUCGGCGUCACUUGGUCGCCCUGUGCGAGUCACGCGGUUUACGACAUCCCAGUCUCGAAAGCGAGUGGAGGAGUACUCUCGCUUGGUGCCGGCGACACGUGUCCGACCAUAGCGCUCAUUCUUAUCGGCAAUUUUUGCUGCGAAAGUGCAUGCUGGCAAUGGUGUUCCCGGAAACAGAGACGGAUGACGAUGACACCGUUAGACACGACAAUCUGUUCAUUUACAUGAACCUCUACGAACCGAACGACGAUGAACGGACGUUGUUAGAACGUAUUCGCGAUAUAUUCGCGCGUCGCGUCCACGGUUACUCGCCCAUCGACGUUCGCAAACUCAGAUGUUACCUAAGGGCGUUGUCGUAUUGGGCGGAGGAGUGUUGGAAUAACGAUCAGCUCAUCGUCAUGUACGACAACCACGAGACGUUGUGGUAUCACCGCAGGUUCUUGGCGCACUCGCUCGUCGUUCUUACUGUCAUGUACGCGAAACACGCCUGUUACCGCGAGGACGAGUUUUCGGACGUUCAAUGCCGUGACGAGCCGUCAGUCGCGCCGUUCCUUCGCGAUGGACCCCUGAAUACUCGCGACGACUUGCUGAUAGCCGCUCAUGUGAUGCUCCUAAGAUCUUUUUGCACUGUUAAUAUUCGUAUCAUUCAAGUAGCGAUCGAACGCGGUCCACGGGAGAAUCUAGUAAUCGAGAGAUUCUCCAAAUAUCUCGGCAGAAUAGGUUUACGAUGAUCACGACUAGCGCGCUAAAUUUUGAAUAUGAAAAAAGAUACAAUUAUAUAAGCCACCCGUCUCGUAAGGUUUUGCUUAUAUCAGAAUUUGCGUAAGCACAGUGUGCAGUCUCGUGAGAGGGGAUUGUACAUUAAUACUCGCACUAUAAUUUCAAUAUUAUUCCUUUUUCUUUUUAAUUUUCGGAUUUAAUAUCGUCAAGCCGUAUCCGAUGCAUCCAAUGUAAUUCAGCAGCAUAACUACAUCUAGCAUUUAUUUUAAAACAGUUGCGAAAAUAUUAUUUGUUAUCAAAUAUUGUCUUCUUUUUAAGAAGAGAUUUUUAAUAUUAUUAAAAUAUUUCAAAGGGACAUUUGUCUUGCUGUUACUCUCUCAAUGAUAUUUAAUUUUAUAAAAUUGUUUAAUUUUAUUCAUAUAUAUUUAAAAGGGAAAUAAACUCUUAUUUUUAAAAAAGGAAGGCCUUUCAAGAAAGCCUAAGAUAUAUUCAAAUUAAAAGUAAAAAUAUUCAACUUUUAUUUUGAUGUAAUUAUUUGAUCUUUUUAAGGAGAACAAUUGUUCGUAUUACAGAAAUAUUUUAAAAGUAUAGAUAGAUAUAUUUUAUCUAUGAAAGUUAUCUUUUAGAAAAAGAAAACUUUUCGUAAAAUUUAAAAAUAUUGCAAUAUGUGGUGCUCAAUUCUUAUUAUUCUCUUGCGAUUAUUCGCGAGGCAAUAGCCUUCGCACGUAGAUAAGAGCACGAUUGCGAUAAGCAGAAUUCAAUGUAGGUAAGCGAAAUUGAAUCCUUAUCGGCAUUAAUUAAUUUUCGUAUUCGCUCGCGUAGCGAACACGAGUCAUCGAGUACACCAGUGAUAUAAUAUAUGUAUAACUUUGGAGAACGAUAGUUUUACCCGCUUGCGACACUUUAACAGAUUCCAUUGUGUCUUGUCACAAGUGAGUAAUCUUACUAUCAGAGAUGACUGAGAUUAAAGGACUGUCAAUCUAAGCAGUCUUAUCAACUAGACAACAGCUCUAACGCAGAGUUAACUGUCAGUGAUACGUAAAAAUGAAAUAUAAUAUAAAACGAAAUAUAGAUAUGCGAGAGAGAUAAAGAAAAAUUUGUCUCGCCGAAUAAGGUCUCCGUCAGAGAAGAGGGGGGAAAAGAGUUGCGAAAACUUGUCGCGAAAAGAACAAUUAUGUAUACUUGUGAAAUUGAACGAGAAAAAAUGAAGAAGAUGCUAGUUUUCUAAAA